CGACCCAUCAUUCUAGAUGAGAGCCAAAGGGGUGCGCAGCUACACAUCACAUCAAUAUGCUCACACGCCUCCUCGUGCUCUGUAAGAGGUAAGAAACGACGCUACGGAACAAAAGGCCGAGGCCAAAGCAUUAAGAGAAAAUGACGGGCCGUGUCAACGUUCCUCCAGAAAUCGCAAAUGCACCACCACCACCCUUCGCGGCUACAAGAGUGCGACCCGAUCUGCGAUAUAAGCUGCAAAGAGAGGAUGGUGCAGACGAAAGGUUCUACUUAAGGCAUUGUGUUUAUCUGUCGAAAAUUAAGUGAGUUUUGACGAUUUCCCCUCACGCUCACCCACAUCAGUGUGAGAAAAUUAAGUGGGUUUUGACGAUUUCCCCUCACGCUCACCCACAUCCCUCUCUAAUCUCCAACUUCACCAACCCCGGCGAUGGCUACUACCACAACCUUCCAUAUCGAUCAAAGGUCCACCGCUUGCAACGCUCAACUUCAAACCCGAUUUUGAAUCAGAGCAUACAGGUACAUUCUGAGUUUGGGAAUAGUAUAGGGUUCGUAUAAACACAACGCCUUAAGUAGAACCUUUCGUCUGCACCAUUUGGGAAUAGUAUAUCAUCUUUUACGUAUUUACUGCAUGAAUGCUUCUCGAAUAUGAAAAAAUGUAGAAGAUUCUCGGAUGAGUGUAGUGUAGUGCAAGUGCCAAAAUAGACAUUUUUAUAUUUUUUGCAAUUUGUUGGUCAUCAACGCCAUAUUAUUGUUUUCUGAUUAUAAUUGUUUGAUUGUACUGCUGCUCGCCUCAUGCUCAUUACGAACUUGUUUCGACGCCUCCAAACCACAACAAAAUCCAGAGCGAGAAUCUCAUUAUGGCUACUACUAGAGUAAAUCAGUAGUCGUUUGAAUCCUCGAUGACAGCAUCCUUUCUAGGAAGCAUCGCAAAAAAGCUACCGCAAGAAUGCUGUCAUAACCUCCUAAUCACGUACCCUCCUUCUCUAAUCCCCGCAGUAUCAAGACACUAGUGCCGGAAAGACAAGACUGGCCGCAUACCUACUACAGAUACCAUCUGAAUGAUGGGUACUGCGUACAGGACCAGUCAUUGACUGUGGUAAAUAGCAAAGAUGAGACGAAAGCAACAACGCAUGGGACUCAUGUUAUGAAUGGAGUUGGAAUAUUUUCUUUGUUGAUCGACGUAUACGCAGUCAAAAGUAGCUACCGAGGAUCGACGUAUACUCUCAAGUAGCUGUAUCCUCAGUCAAAAGUAGCUACCGAGGAUCGACGUAUACUCUCAAGUAGCUCAAACACGACUGCUUCUAAUCUCCUCUCCAGUUCAGGGCAGGUGAUAUUCUCUUUCCGGGAUAGACAGGUGGCACAGUUGGAUGCGGAGGACCUGUUGCGGAUUUUGCAAGACCGACCAGCAAGAGGAAAAAGCACCAGUUGGAAUGUACUACAACUUCUCACACUAUUGUACUUAGCUGUUUACAGUGUAGUGAUAAGAGCUUCUCACUAUUGUACUUAGCUGUUUAAUGUAGUGAUAAGAGCUUCUCACUAUUGUACUUAGCUGUUUAAUGUAGUGGUUAUCAGAUAUUACAACUCCUAUGUAGCUGUUAAUAAGAGGGACAAGAUGAGACUUUGCGUCAGUUGUAGUACAUGGUGAUGAGAGGGAAGAUGUAGCCGGUUAGUUUUUACCUCUCCGGUUAGUUUUUACCUCUCCUCCUUAGACUUAUCCCAUGAAGCAAACUAUUGUAGCUGUUUAAUGUAGUGAUGAGAGGGAAGAUGAGACUUUGCGUCAGUUGUUGCAUUAGGUCUCUCAUUCUCGUUUUCAUCUUAGGGUGUAGAACAGGAUCGAUAGUCAUUCCGUGUAAGUAUUGGAAACGAAUCUCAACCUCUAUGUAAUAGAAUUCGUUCAUACAACGGUCAUUCAGAAUAGUGACAUCAGGGACGCACACAUGGGAUCUAUCUAAUAGAUGGACUACAUACUACUACUUGAAAUUCCAUGAAUAAUUCAUCCACACUUUCAGAUCUACGCUCUAGACGAGGAAUUCAGAAGGCGGUGGGGAAGGAAUGGCAUAUGGCACACAAAAAAACUCGAAUUAUGCGUUUUCUUGAGUUGCUUUGAGCAGACCUUCCAUGUCUUUGGGGACUCGCAUCAGUUUGUUAGGUACUGAAAUUCAGACUUUUAUACGUAGUUCUUUCGUGACAAAAACUACAAGAAUCAAGAAGUUACGAAGAAGAACGAUGUUUUUGUCCUUGAGCCUUGUACUACUUGAUACAGUUCUUGCACAAGAAGUCCUACUUGAUAGAGCUGCCAUCUACACCAUCUAUACUCCGUCCUCCCUUUCCCCCUACUCCAGGUGUCGUCAAAAUAAUGGGAAGAUUAAAGCGAAGAUGGACAGGGUCAUGGUCAAUUUGGCUCGAGUCACAAAGCCUAUGCUGAUCCAGAUGCAGAACUACCGAUUGACGAACACCAGAGCGAUUAAGUUAUGUUCCGAAGCUUCAUUAAUCCAUGGACGAUACAAUAGAAUAGCAGACAGUAUAUGCUGAUGGAUACAGAAUGUAGAUUGCAGUAUAAGAGAUGGGUUCAUUUUGUACAGUUUCUGAUCGCGAUCAUAGUACAUAACAGACAUAGAACUGACAUAGAACUGACAUAGAACAGACAUAGAACUGACAUAGAACUGACAUAGAUGUCUUCUCAAUAAUCAGACACCACGAUCACCUCUCUCUUCCUCUAACUGCUGGCUACGACCUGGACGACGUGAAAGACCAUACCUUCGUCGUGGACCUGCAACUGAAUAAGCCGAUACCCAGCCAAUGCUUCACUAGCGAAGAGGCGGAUAAGUUCGGAGGCCUUCGCCAGGAACCGUUUCCGAGGGAGGAAAUCUCGGCGUGAGGAUGUUGGUUCUUAGAUGCGCUAUAGAGUUUAAUAAGUUUCAGUUUAGAAGCUUGUUUAGUUGGGGAUGAAGACGCUUCACCCAAAUAUAGUCACGUCAUCAGGUGGGGAUGAGACCUAGUUCGUUUCUUCUCAUCAUUGAGUAAUGUUGUAGUAGCAGCGAUCGGUGUCAGAUCGUUCUGCUAGUAACAAACAAUUCCAAUUUGUUAUAACCUGUCGAACUCGAUGAAAAAUCAUGUCGCAAUCUCAAAUUCCAAAUUCCAAGCAAAGACUAUCAAUGUCUAAAAAGAGUAUGGCAAGGAGCGUAGUUCAAGAGCUUAGUUCAAGAAUAGCCCUUGCUUCGUCUCUGUCUAAAUUCAAAUUCCAGUAACUAUUUCAUCUGAUGUCAUUAAGUUGAAAACUAAAGAUAAGUUGCUUCGCACCGAAAUUAACUUGUAGGUAAAAAUUGAGAAAGACACAAAAAACAAAAAGAAAUUGGCUGCAUGUUGAUAAAUUAUGGUCUUGCUUUGCGAAUAGGAUGAUCGAAAAAUGAAAUGCUGCAUAUCCUUGCUUGAUUGUAGUUGUACAAAAACAAGGUACAGCAACCACUAAAGUCUGCUGGUUUACCUAGUGGACGCACACCUAACCUAACCUAAAGCCACG